AAUAUAAUCGGAAAUAAAACCGGAUGUGUAUAUUCGGGUAGCUUUAUCUAGGGAGUAUAAAUAAUAAAUUCCAACUAGGUUUUUUUUUCUUUCUCAAGAAGAUCAAGAUUCCCCUUCCCUUUCUUUGGUCCAUGCCAUGGCUCGUCCCAAGAACAUCAGGAAGAAGGGUAUACCGGCAUCCACUUAUCGCCCUCGCAGGCCGGAUGUGAAAAUCUCAUCUCAGGAUCUAUCGGACAGGUUUGCCCAGAUGCGUCUUACAGCAUCCCAAAGUGAGGCUAUCCAAAUAUUGGGGAACAGUUGUAAGAAGGCAUCAUCACUUACUAAGCAGAGGAGUCCAAAGAUCACAUCCAAGGAGGACGUGGCCAAGACAGGAGCUUCUCAUUCUCAUGCUGAUGUGUUUCCACCUGCAAUUCCAAAAAUACUAUAUCUACUGGUUAAAGAUGUUGUUGACAUCAAGAAAGAUCCUAACUGGCACAGUGAUAGCACGGCUCGUCGUGCUAUUUUACAUGCUGAGGGUGGUAUUAGUACGAUGUGUCGCUGCUUCAGCGAAAGUAUGCCAAUAGGCUGGAAAUACGACCGGGACCAUGCUGAAUCCCUUAUUGUUGGCUACGACACUGUCUUCGUGGAGGAUGGUUUUUAUUGGAUCAUUUAGUUUCAUAUAUAUGACGAUGCCAUAACAAUGCACAUUUUUAGAAUCAAAUUUCUAUGUUGAGUAUAAC